CCGAAAGAAGCCGGACGAUUAUUUCUACGCAUGCGCGUGUUUCCGCCAUACCAGCAUUCCAAGCGGGAACCAGUGUCGAAAAAGAAAGAAACGAACGUUGCCGUAUAAGUUUUACUUAACUUAAGGAAACAAAAUGAGCGAAAAUGGGGAUGUAGCAUCAAGGUCACCUUCCCAUCAUGAUUCACCGGCACCAUCUGAAGGUUCAAGGAAAAAGAGAUCCAGAUCUAGAUCAAAAUCAUACUCUAGGUCGAGGUCAAGGUCACACUCCCGUCAUCAUAGAAGGAGAAGAUCAUACUCAAAAUCUAGGAGCAGGUCACGAUCCAGGCGCCGUUCAAGAAGUCCAAAAAGGUCAAGACGAUCAAGAAGCAGGAGCCGUGACCGUCGCAGUAGAGACAGGCCUGGUCGUGGCCGACGUGAUCGUACUAGAAGUAGAUCACCCAUGUCAUCACGACGAAGACACGAUGGAAACAGGGAUGAUCCGGAGCCUAGCAAAUGUCUAGGAGUGUUUGGUUUGAGUCUGUACACACAGGAGCGGGACCUGCGGGAGGUGUUUGGACGGUACGGGGAAAUGGAGGAGUGUAAUGUUGUAUACGACAGACAGAGUGGAAGAUCGCGAGGAUUUGCUUUUGUGUAUUACAGGAAUAUUGAUGACUCCAUAGAGGCGAAAGACAGAUGUUCAGGAUUGGAAAUUGAUGGAAGAAGGAUACGUGUUGAUUAUUCAAUAACAAGACGGGCUCAUACCCCUACUCCUGGCAUAUAUCUAGGCAAACCAACAAGCCGAAGCGAGAGAUAUGAGGGCAGAGAUCGCUAUGACGACGGUUACCGAGGCAGCUACAGCAGACAUCGCUCUCCAUCUCCAUAUAGACGUCGUAGACAUUCGUAUUCCAGAUCUAGAUCGAGGUCAUAUUCACCACGUCGGUCUUAUUACUGAAGGCUUGAAGAAAGAAAAUCGAAGAAUAAAGCUUGAAGAUUGAAAAUUUGGAAAAGUUGUUUAUUGAUGAUAAAAAAUGGCCGAAAUUCUGAGUUAGUGCAGAUGUCAUAAGUUUGAAGAUAUUGAAGAAAUAAAGUUAAGUAGACGAAGAAAAGGGAGGGGCUGUGGAAGGCCAUGAAGAGUGGUUUCUGGAAUUUCAUUUCUUGGUAAGAUCCAGAAAAAAAAAUCACAAAUUAUUUCUAGACAGUUUUUGAAGAAAUAAUUGUACUUCUGUCUCUUGGGUUUUUGGUAUAAAAGUUCACUCUAAAAAUGGGUAAUGCAUGCAUUUUUAGCUCGACUUUUCUAUGAAAAGGGGAGCUAUCCUACUCGCCCCGGCGUCGGCGUUGGCGUCACACCUUGGUUAAGUUUUUCGUACCACCCCACUUUAUUUCAGAAGUAUUACAAGUAUGGCUUUGAAACUUACCAUACUUGUUCACCAUCAUAACCUCCAUCUACAGACAAGAGUACAUAACUCUGUCAAGGUUUUUGACAGAAUUAUGGCCCUUUUUUGACUUAGAAAGUGUAUUGAGCUUGGUUAAGUUUUUUGUACCACCUCACUUUAUUUCAAAACCAUUGGAGGUAUUGCUUUGAAACUGACCAUACUUGUUUACCAUCACGACCUUCAUCAACAGACAAGAGGACAUAACUCUGUCAAGGUUUUUGACAGAAUUAUGCCCCUUUUUGACUUAGAAAAUACAUUGAAUAUGGGUAAAAUCCACUUAUUGCCUUAACCCUUUGAGAUAUUGCUUUGAAACUUUUAAUGCUAUUUCACAUCAUUACCCCCAUCUGUACGCAAGAGAAGGUAACUCUGUCAGGGAUUUGUUUUAAAAAUUAAGGCCUUUUAUCGACUUAGAAUCUUGGUUAAGUUUUUUGUACCAGUCAACUUUUUGACUGAACUGGUUGAGAUAUUAAAUUGAAAGUUGGAAUACUUGUUUACCAUCAUGGUCCCAAACAUGGGCAGGAGAAGGUAAUUCUGUUAAGGAUUUUAUUUGAAUUAUGGCCCUUUUUGACUUAGAAACUCAGUUAAAAUUUUCAUUCUUGUCCACUUGUUGACCUAACCAUUUGAGAUAUUACUUUGGAAGUUGGAGUUCUUAUGUGCCAUCAUGAGACCUAUCUGUAAGCAAGAGAAGAUAACUCUGUGAAAAUGUUUCUUGAUUUGUACUUAGAAAUUCCUAGUUAAAGUCUUGUGUGCCCUUAACUGUCAAAGUUUUGUUUUAUAGGCAAGCACUAAAAAAGUCGAGCGCGCUGUCCUUCUGACAGCUCUUGUUUUUAUUGUAAUUGCAAGAGGGCAUAGCUUUUAGUAGAACCUUUUCUUAGAGUUUGUUUACGCAGCUCACUAUUUUGUUUAUAUUGCAAAGGGUUUUGAAGAAAGAAAAUUGAGAAUAUUUUGGAUAGAAAGAAGGAAAUAGAAAAAUGAAGAGAAAUAAGAAGAAAAAUAGAAUAGAAAGAAAAGGGAAUGAAAUAGAAGAAAGAAACAAAGAAGAAGAUAAGAUGGUAAAAUAUUCAAAACUGUCUGUCAACUUUAUCAUAAACUUUAUGGUAAUUUCUAUUGCCAAUAAAUUUUUCAUUAUUAAGACCCAAUUUGACAAAGAUUGAUAAAACUUCCAGUUCAAAGUGAUGUACACUAUUGCAGUGUAACAGUAAAUGUUCAUAAAUAGAAAUUAAUUCUUUUAUACAUUUAUGUUGACAGAUAGAUUUGAAUAUAUGAAAUAAUAUGUAUAAUUAUGUGUCUGUCCGGGCAAAGAGGUUGAUAUUCUUGUUAUGAAAUUGAUGGUAGUUAUAUUUUUCUUCUUCUGAAAAACUGCUUAAGAAACUACUGUUCUAGGAUGAUAACUUGGCAAUUUGUUUACAAAGAUCGCAAAAAAAAAAAAAAAUUGUGUUGUUAUCAACUCAAAUUUCAUUAUGUGAUUUCAUUAUUGGAUAAUAAUGAAGAUUUACCUUUUAACAGACUUUUUCAAGUUUAUGUUAAAACCAAAAUUAUCAUCCUAAUACAGUAACCUUUUUGUAGGAUUUAGAAAUUCUUAUUUAGAUAUUCUUGUGCAGUUAGCCAAUUGAAGUGACCUGCUCUGUUUUUUUGGUAACUAUUCCUCCAGUGACAUGACAAAGUUCACCAAUUGUGGGGGAAUAAAAAAAAUAGUUCUUUAUUACAGGUUGAUUGAUUUAGAACGUUUUAUAUUGUUUAAAUGUGACAUCUUAUGGGAACAAUCUUAUGAGAAAAAGAAAUGUGCUGAGACUGACUUUAUAUCACCGUGUUAGUACAUUUGUGGUUUUUUAACAUACAGAAUUGACUGUAUCAUGUAGCAUACUGUUUUACAGGACAACAUUGGCCAGUGUAUACCCAGUGCUGGUAUUCCUCCUGCCAUAAUCAACAUUACAUGUAUUAAUCUUGUUGUUCCAUCGUAUACUAUUCUAUGAAUAAAUAAUGAAUUCUGUGUAAAGCAAG